AUGGACAUCAAGUUUAUUUGGACAGGCAGCGAUGCCAAAGCUCUUGUCUAUUAUAUUACAGAUUAUGUGACAAAAUCCAGUCUUUCUUUCCACGACACAUUUUCUCUUAUUCAAAAAAAUGUUGCAUCAUUCGGAAACAUAUCAAAUCAAGUGGAUAAUACAGACAAUGCUAUCAAAAGAUCACGUAAAUUCGUUUUACAUUGCUAUAAUACACUUGCGUUUCAACAAGAGUUAUCUGGAGCGCAAGUUGCUUCCUAUCGAAUGAAUUGGGACGAUCAUUAUACGACACACAGAUUCCAAGGACUUUAUUUAAUUCAAGUUGAGCGAUACUUGCAGACAGAAUUGAAUGAAUUACGCAUCAACCGAAAUCUAGAAACAAAUUCACAUGGUAGUAUGAUGAUUUGUUGCAAUUGA